AUGCACGUUACAGUUAUAUGCAAUUUUAAUCUCAUCGGUGCUACAAAGCAAUUGAAAAGGUCCAAUCUAAACAUUUCUUUGGGUGGUUACGGAGAUUUGUUUCAAAGAGCGGGAUAUCCUAAUGUUGGGGAUAUACCCCUUCUUAAUCGAAAAAUAUUCAAUGGAUUUCGCGUGGCAGCACAGGAACAUCCGUACAUCGUGAGCGUUCGUCGACUACUCACACAUUACUUAACGGCAACUUUGCUCACGAAAAAUAUAGUCAUCACCGCCGCUUCUCCCCUGCAAGAAGUUCCGAUCAAUGAAUUGGGCGUGGUUGCCGGAGAGACUUUUUCCGAUCGUGGUACCACUAUCACUACUGUUAUAUUAGUAAUAAUCCACGAGGACUUCAACCCAUUCACACUAUUAGCUGAUUUAGCUUUGCUUCGUACAUAUGAAGAAUUUGUUUUUAAGGUAACUGUCAGGCCGAUCCCACUGGUGUCCCCAACGGCUACAAUAACUGUUGGCGACAGAGUGUUCGUCACUGGAUGGGGACGAUGUGAUUUGACGGGCAAAGAACUCUGCUUACCGCGUUCUUCGAGGUUCUUUCCUGGCGAAAAGAUCGAUCCAAUGAUGAGAACAGUGACAUUUGUAAUGAUGUUACCUAACUAUUACUGUGAGGGAUAUGAACGGCACGGGACAGCUCUCAGACCUGGGAUGCUAUGCUUAGGAACGGCGAGGGAAGAUAAUCCAGUAGCGCCGUGUAUGGCGGUGCCCGGGGCCCCAGUGGUGUUUAAAGCUCGCCUAUUAGGCGUUCAAUCCUGGGGUUUUGGGUGUGGAUAUCACAACGACUUGCCCCUGGUUUACACAGACGUUCGUUAUCAUCAACCAUGGCUAGUGCACAAUAUUCCAAAACUACGACAUCUGAAUCAGAGUAAUUUAAAGGAAUUAUUCGAAGCUACUAAAGCAUUCACCUUGUCCCAAUGGCUUAGCUUAACAAGGGGCGACAUCGAGCUGUUGAAAUUUAAGAAGUGUACUGACAAAGACAUUUCACGAUCUAAUAUAGACAUUGAGUUAGCCAAGUUACGUGGUACCGUAUACGAUAUUAGAGAUUUUUUGUAUAAGACUAAAUAUCGCAAAUUAAAGCAAGACAUGUUACUAGAUAUUAAAAACUCACUUAUGAACACAACUGCAAAUAUUAGUAAUGUAACGUGGUCAACUAUGCGUGGUAGGCCAUUUUUGAAUAAAUAUCGACUUGAAAAUCAAGAAGAAGAUCAUACAGUUUCAGAUGGCACAAAUGCAACGGAGUCGUAUGGUAAUGUAGAUGGCAAGGGUCAUUCGAAAUAUGAUGACAGCGAUUCUGAUGAUUAUGAACUGGGAAGUGAUGACGUUGAAUAG